AUGCCUUCACCCAGGAACCACCUCCAAGACCUCGAGGCGCAGGCUGCUAUCCUACAGGGACUGGUCACGUCCAGCGAGAACACGGAUGCCAAUCUCAGCCAAGCAUGCCGUGACAUGCAUGCAGAAUUCAACAACAUGAACAAGAAACACAUGCAGCUGGCUCACACCUUCGAGAAGUGCACAGCAGACCUGUGGUCUGCAUCGGCUAGGAUGGACAGCAGGGCUACGGCCCGGGUGGAGGAGAGGAUGGAAGCCGUGAUCGAGGAGCAAAUCAAGAUCCAGAGGCUGCUCCCCAAGAUGUACAGGGAGCUGGGAGAAAUGGUCGGGGCGCGGGACUCGACAAGGGAGAGCACCCGGGAGUACAAGGACAGGGUCACGAGGAAGAUGGAGGAGAUCCACACGCUCAAGCCGUGCCAGAGCCUCAACUGCGGUCAUUGCGGGAGAGGAGGUGCUGCGGCACUGCACAAGGUCAAGGCCAAGGUCAAGGCCAAGGUCAAGGUCAAUUUCAAGGACAGGGUGGCAAGGAUUUGGAGGGCUCAGUGA